AUGGCAAACUUUGAGAGACUCGCCAUGGUUACACCCAAUGGAGAUGAUUCAAUGAUUCGAGUGAGAGUUGAGAACGUGUGGUCUACUCUAGAUGUCGAGAAUGGUGAAGGCCUCAGUUUCCUGGUGGUUGAUGAUGAGGGCACAAGGAUGCAUGCAUUCGUCCAGCAUUUUGCUGAUGCCAAGAGAUUUAAGAGACUUCUUCAGAAAGGAGACUGGUUCACGAUAACUGGUUUCUCAGUUGUUAUUGUCCGGAAUGAGAUUCGUAUGACUAAACAAAGAAAAGAGAUCGUUCUCAAGCGAAACACAGAAGUUGGUGUUUCAGAAUUGUUCAAUGGUUUUAUUCCGCUAGAUUUGGUUCCAUUUCAGGAUGUUAAGAACGGAACUGUUCACGAUGGAACUUCUUACACUAGAGACUUUCUAGGCGUCAUAUCUUCUGUUUCAGAUUUCGGCCUCACAGUGGAUGACUCUAUGCCUAGAAACAUACAUAACUAUGAUCCUAAGACCACCUUGGAGAAAGCCCUAAAAUCAAGUUUAAAGAGUGCAGCCGUCUUCUCUUUGGGAAUUUUCGAGCUCAAAGGCUGCAGAGGAGAAAAGUGGAGUUUUUGGAGAGAUUUUCGAGUUUUACUGUUCAUCGGGUUACUGUUCAUCGGGGUACUGUUCAUCGGGGGUACUGUUCAUCGUCGGGAUUUCCGCACUGUUCAUUGUCUUUCCUUCAGUUUCAAUCCAUUGUCAAGUGGAAAUCAUCUAAACUGUCGUGCAAAGGGGAUCUUGGCGGUUCUCUUUAAACGUAAUUGGCUAUGUUAUGGUGAAACCGGAACAAACAUAUGCCUAUUAACCAAUUGGCGUGUUGUUGGAAGAGAUGGUCCUAUUCAAGUCGAAGAUGAAGAAGGGAUUUCUACUUUUGAGUAUGAUCCUCCUGGACACCACGAAGUGGUACAUUUCACAAACAUAUUAUUGCACCAAGAAGAGGACCUGAGCGAUGAAUGA